UCAAUGGCCACAUAAGCCAGACAUCAUGGCCGGAAUCGAAGGCAAAGUCAAGGCGGCCUUCACCCGGGCUUACAACAAAGAAGCUCACAUGACACCGUACGCUGCCGGCCAAGUGAAGAAGGGUCGAUUGAAAGACACGGCCGACGAUUUGGAAGCCCUGGACGGAGAUAAGGAUGGAUUGGCUGGCGAGGAUGACGAUGAGGAGCACAACGAAGAUCCAUCGCUGGAUGCCAUGAUCAAAGUCAAGAAGGAAUCGAAGAAGAUGGCCAGCAGCUCAGGAGCAGCAGCGGCGAGCAGGAAAAAAACAGAGGAGCCCCAGCUGCCACCAGAGGUCGAGGCGGUGGCCGUGGAGGUCGCAAGAAAGCCGCUGAAUAAUUGACCGUGUGUUUUCCUCCGCUGCUAUGCAAUGGGCGGCUCCUGGGCACUGGGGGUGAGUAGCAAGGAAACUCUAU